AGGGCUGGAGUUAAUGUUGGAAGAUUUAACCAGUGCUUGGUUUGAAUUGAUCAACUUUUGCUGCUAAAAAGCUAACUACGUAUGGUAAAGUUAUAAAUGGUAACGGCGAAGUAACGUCAUCAACGUGCAGUAUCUUACGUUAACGUUUUGUAACCAGUAAGGCCAGUCUUAUUAUCCACUAUUUUGGCGAGUAACGUCACAUAUUUUCGUCUGAAAACCAUCUGUGUUUGGGUUCAAGCGUGGUUGGAUCUUAUUUAUCCCCUCGUCCAACACACAAGAAGUGAAGAAGUCAUAAUGGAAACUGAGGCAAAGCCAAAACAAGCUGACCCACCAGGAGAAGAUGCCGAGAAAGGUGACACAGAAACUACGUCUCACUCAGAUGCAGGGAACGCCACAACUCAGGACUCUAGUAUUAGCAAUGGGGACAACGCAGAUGACAACCAGGAGAUGGUGGACUUGAAGAUUAUCUGGAACAAGAAUAAAUAUGAUCUGAAAAUUCCUGUUGAUAACACCGGAGCCAAACUAAAAGAGAGCAUCCAUUCACUCACUGGUCUUCCACCAGCAAUGCAGAAAGUGAUGUACAAGGGAUUGCUUCCAGAGGACAAGACGUUACGUGAAAUAAAGGUUACAAAUGGUGCAAAAAUAAUGGUGGUGGGCUCCACAAUAAAUGAUGUAUUAGCUGUGAAUACACCCAAAGAGGUCAUUCAGCAGGAAGUUAAAGCCGAAGAAAACAAGAAGGAGCCUUUAUGCAGCCAGAAGCAACACAGGAAAGUUUUGGACAAAGGUAAACCAGAUGACAUAAUGCCAGCUAUUAAAGGAACAAAGGAACGAUUACCAACAGUGCCUUUAGCCGGAAUGUAUAACAAGUCCGGAGGAAAAGUUAGACUCACAUUCAAACUGGAGCAAGAUCAGCUGUGGAUCGGAACAAAGGAGAGAACGGAGAAAGUCCCGAUGGGCUCCAUUAAAAACGUAGUGUCUGAACCCAUUGAAGGCCACGAGGACUAUCACAUGAUGGCUUUUCAGUUGGGUCCAACAGAAGCUUCUCAAUAUUGGGUCUACUGGGUGCCUGCACAGUUUGUCGAUGCAAUCAAAGACACAGUCCUUGGAAAAUGGCAGUAUUUCUAAUGUGCCUCAUUUUUUGACGAUGAACUGGGUUUGAUAGGAGGAGCCAAUUAAAAAAACAAAUCUGGAGUCAACAGCGAGGCUUAAGGAACUUCUUGGAAUAUAUUGGAACGAAACGGACAGGUGCCUGUGGACUAAUCAUAUUGUUUUUAGGCGAAAAGUGCACUAUGUGGCAGCAUAACAUUUCUCAACCCUGUUGAUCAUUCAAGUUUUCAGCAAAUGCAAGGGAAAUUGAUGAAACAAUUGUACAGAAAUUGCUAACACUUUUCUUCAGUUAUUCUUAAAGAAAUAAAACUUAUUUAAUGAAAUGAGUGCAUAGGACAUUGUUGUUUGUAUUCGCCCAAACUUUGUCUACAUUUGUGUUUGAUUCACUUUUGUGUAGAACCAAUGUUUUGCAUAUUUGGACAAUGCAGGUGUUCCCAGUUUCUCUGCAAAACUGCUCAUACUCUGUCUAGCUGUAUAGUGGAUUUGAGUGAAUAACAAUUGUCAGGUCCUGCCACAAGUUGUGGAUUAGUUUUGAGGUCCAGACUUGGCCGCCCCAGAACUUUAUUAUUAGUCAUGGUCUUUCUGAAAAAAUAAAUCUCCCAAGUAACAGUUCUCUUGCAGACCGCAGCAUUUAUUCCUCCAGGAUUUCUCUGUAAUUACCUGUACAAGGCUGCUGUAAUGUGUAGUGUUUGGCUUAUAUUAAACAUAGAUUUUAGCAUGAUA